CGGGAGGGCGGGGUUUGUUGUGAGAGAGAAGACUCACCAGGGAAGAUGGCGACCGCAGGGUCCGCCGAUCGGACUGCCAGACCGGCCAGCGCCGCCACCGGCCGGCACCGGUCCGGGUCCGGGUCCGGGUCCGGAGCUGGGAGCGGGUCCGGGUCCAGCCCGCCAGAGACCGAGGCGAAGAGGUGCUCGGUGUGUGCGGAGGGGCAGCCCGGCGGCAGCCCGCCCUGCGGACACCCGGCCUGUCCGCUGAGCCGAACCCAGAGACACUCCGGAGGAGGAGAGCGGCUCCGGAGGAGGAGUGACCCCGAGAGGAGCAGCAGCAGGCCGGGCAGGAGGGACUGCGACAGCCGGAGAGCUGUUGUUGUCUGAAGACCGCGAGGACGUGAAGAGGAGGAACGAGUCAGUGCGACACGAUGAAGAGCCUGGAGUUCUGUCGGACUCGGAGAACGAGGAGCCGAUCAGCAGGAGGAUCAGAAACAUCUCAGCCUUCAUCAGGAAAACCAAAAACUGUGCAGCCUUCACUGGUGGUUCUCAGAGGAGUCAGAGCUGCACUGACCCGGUGGAGGACCGAGGAGGGAAGCUGAAGGUCGUCACCCAGCCGGCGCUGAUGGACCGAGUUGGUAUCAGUCACAGCUACACGGCAGGAAUCCUCCUCUCCUCUGAGAACAGUCGCUCCGUCUCGGCGCCGAUCACCGCUCCCGACCGGAGGCUCACCUGGCGAGCCGUCAUCUCGUCGUCGUCGUCGACUCCUCUGGGCCUCCUGCCGCCCCGCCCCGAGCGCUCCAUCAGCCCCGAGAGCAACGAUAGCAUCUCCGAAGAGCUCAACCACUUCAAACCUAUAGUCUGCUCGCCGUGCACGCCGCCCAAACGCCUCCCGGAUGGCCGUCUCAUGGAGCCUACCAUCGUGAAGUCCACGCCCAGGAACCUGACCCGCGGCCUGCAGAAGGCCACCAGCUACGAGGCCAGUCCUGCCGUCCUGCAGAAGUGGAGGCAGAUCGAACUCGACCGCCAGAGCCUCAAAGUGAACUCCAAAGCGACGCUGACGAGCCCCGUCAACGAGCUCAACAGCAAGAUGGGAGGCGGGGAGGACGGUGGGGUCGGCGCCGCAAAGACUCGUCAGUCCCCGGCAGGACGGGACGGAGACGGAGUGACGGCGGUCAACAAGAGGAGGCUGCUGUUCGACCCGCCUGCCGCAGACUCUGACACCUUCCAGAAACAGUCUGUGAAGAUCCGCGUCCCUGCGAUCCGCUACAGCACCGACGCGACUUUCAGAGGAAGUUCAGACUUUGAGCCGACAGUCGGCGCUCCCGAAUCCGGCAGCGGAGGAACGUUCUUUAGCCGAAAACAGUCAUUCUCGCCGUACACUAAGAACUCUGGUUUCCAGUCGUGUAAAUUAGUGCCAAAGGACUCACAGAGUCCGAGGAAGGAGUCCGACAGUAGCCUCCACAACCAGUCUACCUCAAGGAGGGGCAAGAAGAGGGAACAGAAGACCAAACACCUGGACGCGGACCGGGACUCGGACCUGAAGAGGAGCCGGUCGGUCAGCCAGGAGGCCCUGGACGAGCGGUACAUCCGUCAGAUCCAGCAGGAGCGUCAGGACCGAGCCCUCGCCCUGAAGCUGCAGAGACAGUUCGACCUGGAGAACCAGACCGUCAACCGCAGGAGGAGCCCCGACACGUACUUCCUGCGGUCCUGGAUGUCCAAUCAGAACCGCAGGAGGCGUGGCUUGAGGAGAUCCCGACGAAUCAACAAGAAGCACUAGAGAGGAGUUUGUCUGGAAGAGGUUAAAAUAUGCAAAGUGACGACAGGUGAAGGUUUAAUGAAUGUGGAGCAAACUUUAAACUCACUGUUGAGGAAAAAGCUCAUAAAUCUUAAAACUGAACAUUUCUUCCAACAUUUUCACGUCUUUUCACCAGCAAAUCACCAAAAUCUGAACAGUCCCAUCAGGAUCUCACUGAAGUAAACUCAUCAGGUUCUGGAGGACAACCUGAUUCAUGUGACUUCAUUUUGGAUAAUAGAUUAAAUAAUGAAUCGAUCAAUCAAACAAAGCCAUAAAUGCUGUAAAUCAAACCUGGCUGAUACCAUUUGUCUGGAUUUCACUGUUGGAGGCAACAGGGGCCAAUGGAGGUCUGGAGCUUUAGGGGCAAUGGAAGGUCUGGAGCUUAAGGGGCCAAUG